AUGGAGGAAGCUGAAAUUCCGGAUCUUUUUGACGUGACGUGCCUCACAUUUGGGCCCGAUGCGAAGCUGCUCUGGCGUGGGCCACUUCUGGGCUUUUUAAGCGACGUGCUCGAGGAGCAUGAGCCAGCCGAUCCAGUAGCCGCUCUGCUGCUCGCCGCUCUCGCGCAUCUACCACUCAGUCCAAGUUGCGGGAUUGAUUUUGCUGUUUUUCGAAUCGAACUAUCGGCAUUCGUUUGGGAACUACCGCUGCCUGCCAACAUAAAAAUCGUUGAGGAGCUGUGUGGUUACCUGAAAAGCGUAUCGUUCCCGGAAAUCUGUGUUGAUGUGCCUGGAACAGCUGUUGAGCUGUUGCAGAAGCUGGAAUGGCGACGAUGCACCACCAGCAGCAGUGAGUUGGUCGACGAGGACGGCGGGGCUACUAGAAAUAACGAGUUUGCAACCAUUUGGUAUCAUCUUCAGCGCGCUGAAUCGAAAGAUUUCGAAAAUGAUGAGGAGGAAGAUUCAGCAACAGAUUGUGGAGAAGCGAACAACAAAUCUACAAUUAAAUAUUCAUCGUUGAAAAUACUGUACAAUAAGCUCUUUGGCACUGUGCCAGCGGAUGAAUUUUGCGAACUGGAACUAUUUGCGCUUGCGUUAUCGGUGUUUUCACGACUAGCCGACAGUGCUGUAAAUGCUGAAACAGUUAUUGCUUGGAAAUUGAUGCUGAGGUUACUGCUGGGAGGUUCGCUUAAUUUUUUGGCUGACGAAGUGACGCAAUCCUCCGGUUUUGCAUAUCAAAGAAGCAGGAAAGAAGUGCAAAACGAAACACUUCUGCGCGGCUACUUAUUGAUGGCGCUUAAAAAUGAAAGUGGCUGUCGGUCGACGAUGACCAAAGAACGCGGAAAACUGCCACGAAAGAAUCAUGCUUAA